AGAUGGCUCUUCACUUCAGUGUCAUUUUCCUGGCCAUUUACUUGCUCAGCCAGAUGAGAACUUCAGAUGCCUUUCGUUGGGAAGACUGCGGUAAGGGCAAUGACGCACUUCAGUUCAAAUCGUUCUCAUUAAGUCCACAACCUGUUCGGUAUCCAGGAACAGUUAGACUUGGGUGGAGUGCCCAAGUGAAACGUUCCCUCAGGGGAAUGCAGGUUCAAUCACAAUAUUACAAGAAGGAUGGCCAUUGGGUGAAAAUUCCGUGUCCUGAGAUUUACCAUUGUGAUGUGGAUGUUUGUAAAGCAUUGGGCAAGGAAACAUCUUGUGCUUUCAACACUGGACUUUUUGUGCGUCCAGAACAUGAAUAUGUGCAUUCAUCGUCGAUUCCAAGUGGGGAUUACUAUGGAGAAUUACAUUUUUUCAGCAGUGGACAACAUGUUGGGUGUGUUCGUGUCUACUAUGAGGUUAUAGGGGCAUAAUGUGCUGAAGAGGUGACAAAGAAAACAUAUAUCUUACAGGAAGAUACAUAUUCUUCUCUUGAUUUUUGACACAUUCUCAGUUUAGCCUAGAAUUUUUUUGGAUCUUGCUGCAGCAUUAUUGAAAUUUCUCUUAAUUCACUGAUAACUUAUGCAUUCAGAAAUGCUUAAUGGCUGUAUAUUUCAUGUGAAAAAGUCAUUAAAAAUUGUACUUAAUUUUCUUUAUCAAUGUACCCAUAACAUUUUUAAAGUAGAAGCAUUCUAACCAUGAAAACUGUCUCCAAAACAAGCAAUUCCUGCGUAACAGCCAUUUGAGUUACGGAAAUUCACCCUGAUGGAAUUCACAAAUCAUUACCCAAAAGUCUGAGAUACAGAAUAAAAUUCACUCUUAUGGAAUUUGGGGGAAAAGCAAUAAAAAUUAAAUCAA